UGAAAAAGUAGUAGUUUUAAAUUACAAAGAAAAACCGUCAUUCAGUCUGUCAGGAAAAAUUUUCCUAUUCGCACGGAGUUUUAAAAGUAUCAUUAAAAUUUAAGAAAAUUUUGAAAUUUUUGUUAAAUAAAAGGACAUGUCUUCAGCAGAAUAUAAUACAACUUAUGCAGCACCAGAUAUGUUGCAAUUGAAUAUGGAAAAUAUAUCGAAAGAACUGAACGAUUUGAUUGUUACUGGCGAACAAGAGUUUGGAAUGACUCAACAAUUUCCGGCAGCAGCAAGUAGUAAUGGAAUGGCCAAUGUAGCAACUGUAAUGCAAAGUAAUUUUCAAGUACCAGCUUAUUCCAAGCCCAAUUUUCAGCUUCAUCAGCCCUUUGCGGCAAAUGGAAUGCAAUUUUUGAAACAUAACCUCAAUUACUUUGGCGCCCUACAGCAGUCAAUGACUUUUGCAAAUAAUACUUACAACAACUUUGCGGCCAGUCAAACAACUUAUACACCCUCAUAUGCCUUCUUAAAAACUGGAAAGAAUUUUGGUCAUUCCACUCUUGGGUCAUCACAGGUUCUAAAUACUAAUGUCACUGAAACACCCACUUAUGAGUUUCAUUAUUUACGUUCUAAUGGUGAACAUGAAAAGAAGUUUUCUGCUUCUUGCACCUCCUUGGGUAGCACGGGUGUUUAUCGUAAAAUACCCCGUUUUGCUCAUAAACAUUUUCAACAAAAACUAACAAAUGCAGUCACAGAAAAUGAUCACAUUAUGCUAGACUUGUCCCUCAUAGAUUUGUCGAAUAAUAACAAUGAUAAUUCUACUGUACGUCAUCUUUUCGAACUUUUACGUGAUUUACAUUGUGCCUUGGCCGAAACACCACCCUCUUCGGAGGCAAAUGAAAAUAGUCAAUAUGUUGAAACAUUUGCUCCCGCUGAUGCCAAGAAAUCCGCUAUGCCUUCUACUCUAAAUGUUCAGAAUCAAGUAAAGCAAGCCUGUCGCAAAUUGUCCAUUUUCAUUUGUGACAUGCAGCGUCUUUUGGGCGCCAAUAAAAUGUUUGAUCUUCAAAUGCAUGCCGAAUGUGAGUUCUAUUUGAGUACUUUGCGUCAAUAUUUGAAUCAAUUGGAAUUGUAUAAAUCUAUUGAAAUGGAACACAAGAGAGGACAGUUUUUGAAGGACAAAAUAAAAGCACACGCCGAACGUCUGUCAUUAUUAUUAGAACAUAUAAAUCGGCAAAUACGUGAGGUAAACAUACGUUUAGUGGCCUUUGAUUGGUAUAUUGGUGUUAAAUAUCGUGGAGAUGUGGCGCUAACUGCAAGUGCAUGUGCACAAACUAAUGACAAUAACCUUAAAGAGAAUUCAAAAAUUGGAGUGAUUAAUGAAAUUUUACAAAUGUGCAAUACACCAACAACACCAAGCUCUUUAAUACAAUCCACAAACAAUUUGAAUACUCAAAUGGAAACCACAACUACAACGACAAAAGCAGAAAUGACCAAUAUCAUUAUUGAAACUCCCCAAAAUAAAUUGAUUAAUAGUAACAAAGAAGAAGAACCGCUAUUAAAUAACAAUAACAAUAAUAAUAACAAUAUUUUUAAUAUUUAUAAGCCAGACCAGAUCAGAAAACUGGCGUCAGCGGUCAAUACAACUACACCAACGACUACUUAUAAUCACAAUCGUCAUCCAUUUUUUUAUAUUGGUUAAAAUGUGACGAGAUGAGUUGCAAAAUUGAUUGUAUUUAUUUAUUAAAUUUUUGUUUAAUG